UAGGAGCUUCUAGGAGCAAAUAGUGAGUGAAGCCGCAAAUUUCGGACAGGUUUCAAGCCGCAGUCCUGUCUUGGUAUACAAGCUUCGUCGUCUCCCGUUCGACGUUGGCCGCAACGACAUAGGUCUUUAUUUCCUCCCCAUGUUCAGUGAAUGUGGGAGCUGUGGCCAGCUGGGUAUGGAUAUAGGAUCCGAUGAAACGACGCCAAAGUCCGAAAUUGCCGCGAGUCUCGGUAUAAGGUGGGAGGUGUGGAGAGCUGCGUAUGGAUUUAGGAUCUGAAGAAACGACUACAGAUUCUAAAUUAGUCGGAAUUGUGAACAGCUGGGAUUGGAUCUUUGAGACGUCUCAUAAUGGAAUUAUGGAUUUAGGAUCCGAAGAAGCUGCCACGAAGGUCAAAGCUAGCAGCCAAACUGGCGUUCUCCCCCACUGUUCAAACGCUCGUCGCCAUCCCGAUCGCUCUCGCUCUCUCGCACUGUCAUAGUACGGUAACGACGUAGGUCAUAAUUGGUGACACUUAUGGUGAUGUUCCCCCGACUGUUCAAACGCUCGUCGCGAUCGCUCUCGCUCGCUUAGAGAGGCUCGCACUGGGCUCGUACUGUCAUCGUACGGCUCUAUGGAUUUAGGAUCUGCAGAAGCGACAAUAAAGCCUCAAGUUGCUAAGCAGGCGGCGUUCUCCCGACUGUUCAAACCGCCGUCGCGAUCGCCCUCGCCCUCGCCUUCUCUCUCGUCGGGAUAUACACUUACGGCGGCUCCUCUCUCGGCAGCUCUCCGCUCCUACUAGAUCGAUUCACGAGAUUCUCUCCUGGAUUCGCCUCCGGUUUUACGAAUCUCACUGCUUCCGUAGCUGCUCCGUUUCAUUCCCACGUGGCAGCAGUGUCAGCGGCCGCGUCAGCAGAAUCAGGAAGGAUAUAUAGACACGACGACUAUGCUCGACUCCAGCAGCCACGUCAGCCGGAUCAAUUGCAUGUCGAGACGGAACAGUUGCAACUCGGCCGAGAACAACCCGCCAGCAAUAAAGGCGAUCACGAAACUGACCCUCUUCCCGUCGGGUUACCAACCGUCGCAGACUCUUCGCCUGUGAGCGUGUUACCACCCGUGACAACAGCAUCCCCGUCGAAUCUCACCUUGGCAUCGGAGUCACACGCCUUGCCGUCACCAGCAUCGCACGCCUUGCUGUCGCCAGCAGCCACCUUACCAUCCUCCCAUCCCACUCACGGCCCUCCUCCUUCCAUCAAUCCCCCCAUCUCCGUCCCUCCUCUCUUUGAACCUCCGCCCUCCGAACCUCCACCGAUCCUCUGGACCCGAAUCCCCGGCUCCGUGCUCGAUUCCCCCGACAAAAUUAGCAGAUUUCGGGAGAGAUUCGAGUGCAUAGGGCGGGAGGGAGAGUGGUCGCACUACGUGUCUCCGCGAUAUCUUCCCUGGCCGGACGAAGCAAGCAAGUGCGACGAGGACCACCUGAAGAAGAGCUCGAGACACGUGGCGUUUCAAGACGCGGAUCGUGUGGUUGCGCAAGCAGAGCAGGUUCAGGCGCAAAUAGGGGAGAUGCUCGUCUUGGUGAUGGGCAGGCGAAAGGGGUGUCGAGGCAGCAGGCUAACCAGCUGAAGCAGCUGAAGCGGCAGAGGGAAGUUCUUAUACGGAAGUGGACUGUAAGAGAGACGCUCAAGUAUUACUGGAUGGUUCCAGAAAAUGAAGUAGAAGGCCGGGAUGGAGGGACAGGAGGCAGCAGUACCAGCAGCAGUACUGGCAGCAAAUGUGGUGGACUCUGGGAGUGGUUCGAUCCUCUGAGGUUUUGCCAAGUUCUGGAUGGGAGGCGCGUGCUCAUAGUGGGUGACUCUAUAAGCAUGCUUCUAGCAGAUGCAUCAGAUUCAAUGUGAGGCUAGGCGCUAAGGACUGGGACUCCCGAGUGCGGUGGGGAGAGCCGACUGGCUACUGCAAGCGGUACCGAAACGCGACAAAGGAACCAGCGGACAAACGCUGCUGGACGCUCCAUCUCUGCACGGAUCUAGGCCUCUCCGUCCGGCUUUUUUUCGUCCGAGACUAUUACCUCAACUCCACAGAAGCAGUCAACGACUUCAUGGUAGAUAAGAGCUUCGACGAGUCGUGGAUGGGCGAGAUCGCAGCGCAGAACAUCUCGAUAGUGGUGAUGAACCGAGGCGCGCACUACAUUCCAGACGAUCAGUUUGAGCGGCAAAUGCGGUCCACACUGCUGGCGCUCCGACAGACUCACCCCGACCUGCUGAUAAUAGUCCGCAACACCCCGGCGGGCCACCCCCAGUGUUGGCUGCACAGGAAACCAGUGAAGCAGUUGUUGAAGCUGCCGCAUACUGACUGGCACUGGGACGGGUACGCGGCUCAGAAUGAGAUUUUGAAGCGGCUUGCAGAGGGGGUGGGAGGGGUGUACAUGGAUGUGAAUGCGUCGGCUGUGUGGCGGGCGGAUGGGCAUAUUGGGAGGUGGGACUGCCUGCACUACUGCCACCCAGGGCCCGUGGAUACUUGGGUGCAGCUGCUGCACAAUAUGCUGUUGGGGCUGUUGGUUGAACGCGGUUGAGAGUGGUUCAGUGAGGCAUAAUGUCAGGUGGGGCUGCCUGCACUACUGACACCCGGGGCCGGUUGAUACUUGGGUGCAGCUGCUGCACAGCAUGCUGCUGGGGCUGUUGGUUGCAAGUGACAAACCUUGUGUACAGUAGGUAUGUUAUUGAGACAGGUUUGCAGCAGAGAAUGAUAUUUGGAAGCCGCUUGCAACGGGGGUGGAGGGAGGGGUGUGAAGUGUGCACAUGGCGUGAAAGAGAAGGGGACGGAAUAGUGACGAAAGUCCCCCCUACUCUCGAAUGCGGCUGCUGGUUGGGUGAGGGGAUAUGGGUGGGAGGGGUGUACUGUACAUGGAUGUGAAUGCGUCGGCUGUGUGGCGGGCGGAUGGGCAUGUUGGGAGGUGGGACUGCCUGCUUUGCUGUUGCCUCCCAGGGCCAGUUGAUACUCGGGUGCAGCUGCUGCACAAUAUGUUGGCAGGACAGGACUCCUGGUUGAAAGCGGUUGAGAGUGGUUCUUUGGGGCAUGUUGGAAGAUGGGACUGCCUGCAUACUGCCAUCCAGGGCCAUUUUUUUUUUUUUUUUUUUUUUUGGGGCUUUAAGGAGAUCCCAGGAGGAAUCCAGGGCCCAUGGACACACUAGUGCAGCUGCUGCACAAUAUGUUGAUAGGACUCCUGGUUGAGAGUGGUUGAGUGUGGUGCGGUGAGGCAUGUUGGCCGGUGGGACUCCCUGCAUUGCUGUCACACAAGGUCCAUAGGUGGGUGCAGCUGCCAUGAGGACUUCUGGUUGAGAUGAGAGUGGUUCAGCGAGUCAUAAUGGCAGCUGGAACUGCCAUCCAGGGCCAGUCGACCCUUGGGUGCAGCUGCUGCAUAAUACGGUAGGUUGAUAGGACUCCUGGUUGAGAGCAUCUAACCUUGUGUAUGUACAGUAUGUGUGAUGCUGCGGAAAUUGAGACUUGGAUGGAAG